UAAAUUUUUAGUGCUGACCAAUGUAUCGACCGACGAACGUGGUCUGUACGUGUGCUUUGCUGCGGUUCCUCCACGUCAAUCUUCCGCCCCCAUUACCGGCUCCAAUGCACAAGCAACAAAUGAACAGAGAAAAUCAAUAACAGCAUCAUUGCCUACAUCUGCCUCGCCAUCGACGGCGUCAUCGUUGAUAUUGACAACAACGUCAUCAUCGUCAACCUUAUCAUCGUUAGAAGAUAUAAACGUAUCAACAAUGGUGCACAUAAGUGCAGCAAAUGCUUCAACUACCUCAUCGCUUCCAAUGCCAGUGCCCACAAUAGCCGUAGCCACCGCCACAAACGCAAAUGCAAACACAGUGAAUAUAUCGACGGCGCAGCAAGUUUCAAAAGCUGACAAAGCUACCACCUUAAACAAUAGUGGACAGACAAUGGAAGCGCCUAUACCGGACGCAGAGCGGAAGACAGAAGCAAAUAAUGAUGAUAAGAGCGAAGAAGAAACCGAGGCGGAGGAAUACCAAGCUGUCGAAAAGGUCAACUUGACCGUGCGCACACCGCCAGGGCCUGUUACACAACUUUACUUCAAAGCAUCCACUAUUCUAGGCUUUCUAAUCUGGCGAUUUAACAAAACCAAUUCCGGUGGUUAUCCAGUGCGCAGCUUUACUGCCGAAUUUCGCAAUGUUUCGUAUAAUGAGACACCCUACAACCAAUCGUUCGAACACGAAUGGAGUCGUAUGGACCCAAUUAAUAUUGCGCCGAAUGUUCGGCAAAUGGAGGUAUAUCGCCUGGAGCCCAACACUACGUACGAAUUUCGGAUAUGGGCCAACAACCAGUUAGGCAGUGGCGAGGUUGUUACUACCAAUGUAACAACGCUUCCUGAAACCAAAGAGGAAGAUUUAAUACGCCUUAUACAACCCGACUUAGAUAAUUUCGAUCCGCGCAUUUGGAUAAUCGCCGUCAGUGUUGUACUUGGAACUCUUGUGAUAUUAGCAAUUGGACUAUGUAUAGUUUUAUCGAAAGAAUGUUAUCAAUCAUCGCAAACGGAUUUCGAGAACGGUUGGGAAAGCAUCGAGCUUAUACCGAAUAUAAUACUGAAUCCGGGUUUCUGUGAGUCGGAUGGAUCCGAACCAGUGCAGCCGUACACACGAACUAUCAUCUUUGGUGAAGACGACGAGAGUGAUGGCUACGAGAGUGAAGAAUCAGAUCACGAGCCACCCAUGGAAAAAUUCAAGCGAAAAGUGUCGGUUUUCUUCACAGGCCCCACAAUAAGACGCAUUUGAGUUAAAUCGGAUGACGCCUAUAACGAAUGCGGCAAAGAAAAUAGCAUUUGUACACUUAUUAUUAUUUACAUUUUGUUUUACUCACAUUUUGGGACGUUUGUGAUUUAUAGUACUAAGAGCUUGCACCCUUGUACAGGUUAUUUUUAUCCACCAUAUAGAUUUUAAAUUGUUAAUAUGCAUAUUUUCGAAUAUAGAAAAUCAUAAUUAUUCUCAGCAGGGUUGAGAUAAAAUUUUUAGGAGGCGAUUGCAGUACCGUUGCUUUAAUGCUAGCUUAAGAUUGUAAGCAAUUAUUUGUUAACACUGAUAAGAGAAAAAUCAUUAUAAUAUUUGUAAAAAUAGUAGCAAAAAUGACAAGAAUUAUCGCCUAGAAAAGAAUGUAGGUACUUAUGUAUAUUUAAGAAAAUAUAAGCGAGCUUUUGUUACGAAUCAAAUUUUAUAAAUUAACGCCUAAGCAAAUUGUUAUUGAAUAUACACACAUAUGUACAUAUGUACAUACAAGCAAACACAAAGUUAAAGACACUUAGAAAAUUAUUAAUACGCAUAUAGAAAAAAACUUACUCGAAUCCAUACAUACACAUGUAUGUAUAGACUCACGAUACAUCUAAGUUCUCAGUUCGUGAAACGCGACCCACUUAUUAAAGUUAAGAUCCACCCUUUUCGGUUCUAAUCCCCAACAGAGUGAAAUUCCGCACGAGCGAGACAAUGUUUUAUUGUGCUUUAUAUACAUACAUAAAGAACAACGCAGUCUAGUUUGUAGUAUUCCUGUAUCCUUCUUAAUGAGAAGCUUAUCUUCUGCUUUGAUUUUUAACUUUCAUCAGAUAUACUGAUUUACGUGUGUUUUUCGUUCAGUCUAUUAGAUCUCCAGGCGAAAUUACUGAGUUUGCGUUCCGAAUUGAACCCGUGUUUAGUUACACUCACAUACAUAUGCCUAUGCAAAUACGACUGGAAAAAGAUGAAGCUUAGAACUUAGGAAAUUACUACCAAAUAAUGGAUGAAACGAUAUGCAUAAAUAAUUGUUGCUGUGAUAAAAUUUCAAUUGGAAAACGCUAUGUAUUAAUAAAUUUAAUAUAUUACAAAGUUAUUAACUAAAGCAAGAGCUCACAUUUGAAUGAAGAUUGAAUAAAUUGUACAUUUUUGUGGGGGCCAACACGUUGUCUUAUAAACACUAAAAUGGUAGUGAUACAUAAACUUAAAUUUGCGUAAAUACAGUUGUAUCAUUUGUUUGUUUUUCUUUAUUUUUUUUUUAUAUAAUUGCGCGGUUCUUCGAUAUUUUUAAUGUUAUCCAGAAUUUGCCUAACCUUGUCGUAAGCAUUAUAUGGUGCGAGUUAGGUUUAGUGUGUCCUUAAAUCGACAAAGUGGGGAUAAAUUUCGAUACGAUUCCAGUGGAAUGAGAGAGGUGUUAGCGGAAUUCUUUGUUCUUCCCUUCAUGGUACAUUCCGUUUCUUUAUUUCAUGGCAAUCAAAUAAUUGUAGCGAUUAGAAACAAUUGCCAAAUUGUCUACAUGUAUUUGCCAAUUGUCUGAUGUAAUGAGCAGUCUGAAAGUUCUAUUAUACUCGUAGUAGUUAAAUACAAGUACAUUCAGUAAAUCCAGGUCGUAAUUAUUAGUUGUCUGAAAAUCUAUUCAAAAUAUCUCCCCAUUCUACACUAAAAGUAGAUCAUCAUAUCUAAGGCUGAACGGUUGCAAGGUUGAUUUCAUUCUAUAUCGGUAUCCCCGUUUUUCCGACAUCUUUCUUCUAUGUGGUAUAUAACUCUAGGAUAAUUGGCGCUUAACUGCUCAACCAUCCCCAUAUCUCAUAAAUGUUAUUUAUAACACAAAUGCAAAUAUCCGACUUAUUCACUAGGUUAUCCCACUUGUCAAUUACUUGCUUCUCCUCCCAUCUGUGGUUCGUGCCUUGAUGUCAUCCAACAAAUGGAGAUCUGUUCUAAAUAAUUUAGCCCUUAAUAUUAUCAAAGACUGUUAGAAGGCAAAUACAUAUAUGUUAUUUUAAUAACUAUAACCAAACGAAAUUGAUUUGACUCCAGUUGAAGAAACAUCCCCUAUUUGAGAGGGCAUAUACAAUUGUACACACGUUCAUACAGACAUAUGUGUGUAAAGGUAGUUAUACGAUUAUACGAAAAACAACAAGCACAACAACCACAGCGUGUGAAAACAAAAAGCAUUCAAAUAAGAGCCGCAUUAAAUUUAGUGAUCAAAACGCCUUCAAAAUGCAAUUAUACAAAAAAGAAAUGUAAAAAAAUUACUAAAUAAUAUUAAUAAUAAACAACCGAAUAGUAAAUGCAAACACUUAUGCUUUUGUGUAAAUAUUAAUUUUUAGAAAUAAAACAGCGAAUUUUUAUUGCGACACAUGCAUACAUAGGUAUUUAAAUGCAAUGACGCUUGAUUCAUACACACCUUUGUGUGCGUAGAUUAUAAAGUCUUAAAUAACUACUUUGUUAAUUUAAAAGCAAUCAUUGAGACAAAUGUAUCAUUUAUGAUUUACGGUUAACCCUAAUAUAAAAUACAUACACAUAUAUGUAUAUGUGUAUAUGGAGAUGCAUAUAUAGUGUAACACGCGCCGUAUGUUAGUAUGUGAGUUGCUAAAAGCCCCCAAAGUAUACCGAAACACCGCUGAAUAUGCUUCGAAUAUUAAAAGCUUUUAGGUAUUUCUAUAUGUAAAUGUCGCAAAUUAACUGUAAUUAAAUAAAUUUAUACAAAUAAAAUAAAGCGAAGAUUCAAAGUAUUUUUAUACUUUA